GUCAAACCAUGAAAAUAUUUAAAAAUUCCAAAAAUACUAUUAUUGCCUGCCUACACUAAAUCAUAAUGCGUUAAAUUAAAGAUGUUUAUUAUGUUGUGACCCUAGCGUUCAUUCGCUCCCACUAGAGUCACUCGCCGGCGUCUUGAUGUUGUUCAGAAACUUUUGUAGAUCGAUCUUCGUUGGCCUACCAAUUGGCGUAACCUUUCUCGAUACUGUGGGUUAUGUGGCCAGAGUUGAAGGAGUUUCUAUGCAGCCGGUGCUUAACCCUGGCGCAAAAAAUUCUGACUACGUAUUUCUGUCACGAUGGUCGGUCAGAGAAUAUGAUUUGAAGCGGGGCGAUAUAGUUUCCUUGAUAUCACCGAAAGAUCCUAACCAGAAGAUAAUAAAACGCGUGGUGGCGCUCGAGGGUGAUGUUGUGAGCACGCUGGGUUACAAGAACCAAUAUGUGAAAGUCCCUGAAGGUCACUGCUGGGUGGAGGGUGACCACACAGGUCACACUUUGGACAGCAAUACAUUUGGUCCAGUGUCAUUAGGUUUAGUCAAUGCAAAGGCAGUGGCUAUCGUUUGGCCCCCAGAAAGAUGGCAGAACCUCGAAACCAAGCUACCAGACCACAGAAGACCCAUAACUAGGUCUAUUUAGUUUAAUAGUAAAAUUUAAAAUCGGAAUGUUACGUAGUAAUAGGAGUCUCAAGUGCUUAUUUGUUAUGACUAUUCAGGUGCCUGUUCAGAUUGUAAAUAGUAAAAUACAACAAAGUUGUAUUCAUCACUCUAGUC